AGUAAUAAUCAUAGAUAAUAGAUCUACAAAGGGUAAUAAUUAAAUGAGAUUAUUGCUCCAUUUUCCUUGAAAAAUAAGUAUUCACGAACAGUUUGUCGUUGGCAUAUUUAGAUUUCACAGAAAGUUCCCUAACGGCAUAGAUGAUAAUGAAUAGUGUACAGGACAUACAUUGUCAACAUUUUGUGCAAAGAAAAAAUCGUUUUUGUCGAAUGACUGUUAAACCACAUGAAAGCUAUUGCGGCGAACAUAAACCUACUACAUUUAGUGCCACAAACGUGGUUGAAAACGAUGUAAAUGCCUCGACAGAUAGAAUUCAAUGUCCUUUAGAUAAUACACAUACCUGUUACAAAAGCAGAUUAAGCCAACAUCUAAAAAAAUGUAACGCUGGAAAAGAGCCUUCUCUGCCUUAUAUUAAAAAGGAUUAUAAUAGAGUAGAAGUGAAGAAUGUUAUGAAAAGAUCUUUAAUGCAAUAUUCACACAGUGAUAUUGUUGAGGUUAUCAAAAAAGUAAAUCAAGUAUAUAACAAGCAUAUUAGUGGUUCUAUUACAUCUGUAGACACUACACAUGAUAUAUUAAAGGAUGAAAUAGAAUGUCCUCAAUAUGGCAAAACAACUCUUAAACAUUUAUUGCAAACAUCCUCACUGAUAGGAAUAUUAGAUUUGUAUAAUCUCUUACAACCAGAAACAUGUUAUGUUGAAUUUGGUGCAGGAAAAGGGAAAUUGAGUUUUUGGUUAGCAAAAUCCAUCAGUAACUUAUCUAAUUCAUCAGUUCUUUUGAUCGAAAAGGCCUCUCUUAGACACAAAUUAGAUAACAAGCUGGAAAAGGGCAAGGAUUUAGUUUAUAGAAUCCGAGCAGACAUUGCUGAUGUUGUGUUAGAAAAUAUAGAUAUGGUUACCAAGAGAAAGCAGGUUGUUGGUGUCACAAAACAUUUGUGUGGAGAGGCAACUGAUUUGGCAAUAAAAUGCUUGAUAGCUGCAAAGAAAGAAAAGCCAGUUUUAGGUGCUUUAUUAUCUUUUUGUUGUCACCAUCAGUGUCAGUGGGAGAGCUAUGUUGGAAAAAACUUUUUUAAGAAUGUUGGAUUAUCACAUGGAGAUUUUGAAAUUAUGUGUGGGCUAGUAAGUUGGGCCGUUUGUGGAACAGGAAAGAGCAGAGGCAAUCAAUCAAAGGAAAAUUUAAACAGUAGUGAAGGAGCAUUGAACAUCAGUUUAUCAGAAAUGAAAAAUAUAGGGUUUAAAUGCAAACACAUUAUUGACUGGGGUAGGAAAUGUUAUUUGGAUGAAUUAUCCUUCUAUUCAGUUCUACAUUAUUAUGUUAAUCCUAAUGUUACAUUAGAAAAUGUUUGUAUUGUCGCUAUUAAUGAAGAAUUAAAGAAAUAAAGCAACAAAAAGCAAAACAAAGAUAAUUUUAAAUC